UUUUUCGUGUUAUGUUUCCAGUCGGAACUAUUUUGGUGAUGCGCACAGAGAGCCGGUAAAGCAAAACAGCUGCAUCCGGUUUCUCUGCUAGACAGAAGUUUUGCUGCUGGAAGUGGUUUUCUCCCCGCUAACCUACAUCACAAAGUGGAUUCCGUUCCGUGAGACACAUUCACUCAACUACGUCGUAGUACUUUAUGAGUAGAAAUUACUACUUUAAUGUACAAAGCUUUAACAGAGUAAGCUAGCAACAAAGAUCGGAUGGAUGACAGGAGUGAAAAGAGCUAAUGUCAGAUUUUCGUUUCUUGUGCAAGUCGUGGGGAUGAUGGUUUAACGUCUUACUGAAGCACAGAGUCGAACAUGGUCCCAUUGAAGCGAAGAAGAACCUCCUCCUCCCGGACCGGGAACCCUGGGACUGACGAACCAAACAGGUUCCCUCAGGUGGUUUUGUUCCUGCUGGAAAGAAAAAUGGGAGCCAGUCGAAGAGCUUUUCUCUCUCAGCUCGGUCGAAGGAAAGGAUUUCAGGUGGAGGAGCUGUUCAGGUCAGAUGGACUUUGGUGGUCCUGUGGCAGGGAGAUGAAAAUCGAACGCAUCACACACGUCAUUUGUGAGAACAACAGUGGCGCGGAGGUCAGGACGUGGCUUGACUCGCAGGACAGGCGCCGGACGCCAGCUCACCUUCUGGACAUCAGCUGGUACACGGAGAGCAUGCAGGCAGGACGUCCUGUCAAAGUACUGGACAGACAUAAACUGCAGGAGCCGCAGAGGACUGAGGCGGAGGUUGUGGCGUUCUCUGUGCCCAGCUACGCCUGUCAGCGCAGGACCACUCUGGACAACCGCAACACCGUCCUCACUGAUGCUUUGUCGCUCCUGGCUGAAAACGCCGAGCUCAGUGACGAGGACGGACGAGGCGUCGCGUUUCGACGGGCCGCCGCCGUGCUGAAGGCCCUCCCCGAAACAGUGACGGACAUGACACAGCUCAGAGGGCUUCCCUGCCUUGGAGAGCAUUCGCUCAGAGUCAUCAAGGAUAUCCUGGAGACUGGAGCCUCAACUGAAGUUGACUCUAUGAAGCAGUCUGAGCGCUUUAAAGCACUGAAGGUUUUGACGGGUAUUUUUGGCGUCGGGGCGAAAACGGCAGAUCGAUGGAUCAGAGAGGGGAUACUCAGCCUCCAGCAGCUUCAGGCGUCGGGACAAACUCUCAACCGAGCGCAGCAAGCAGGACUCGAGCACUACGAUGACCUCAACCAGCCGGUCACCAAGGCGGAGGCUGACGCCAUCGGCGAGCUCGUGGAGAAGGCCAUCGUGUCCGUGUUACCGGGCGCACAGAUGACUCUGAUUGGAGGAUUCAGGAGGGGGAAGCUGACCGGCCAUGAUGUGGACUUCCUGAUCACACACCCAGAGGAGGGCAGAGAGGUGGGACUGAUGCCUAAAGUGGUUUCCUGUUUGGAAUCGCAGGGCUUCCUGCUGUACCAGAAAACUACAAGAAACUCGUACCUGGAGUCUAAGGACGGUCCCGCUCGGCCCCCCUCCAACAUGGACCGCUUCGAGAGGUGUUUCUCCAUCUUUAAACUGGCCAAGGAGGAGAAACAAGCGAGCCAAAAUGGCGUGCAACCCCUCGACACAUCUGAGCCGAGUCCGAGUCGCCGCGUGUCUGCUGAAGACCAAGGUGGACCGGAGACCGGACCCAAACCGUGGCGAGCUGUGAGAGUGGACCUGGUGGUGUCUCCCAUCAGCCAGUUCGCUUUUGCUCUGCUGGGCUGGACGGGAUCCAAGCUGUUUGAGAGGGAGCUGCGACGCUGGGCGGCUCACGAGAAGACCAUGUCUCUGAGCAGCCACGCUCUGUACGACAACAGCCAGGGACGGUAUCUGAGAGCGACGUCGGAGGAGGAGAUAUUUGCUCACCUCGGCCUGGACUACAUCCCCCCGUCGGAGAGAAACGCCUGACGCGCUCCUACAGGAGGGUGAAGCGAGUCAGGAGGAGGGCUGACGUAGACACGAGGACGAGCCGCGUUGGCCCGUUGUUUCAGGUACAGAGGAGACGCCGAAAGCCGGCGGGACAGAUCUGAAUGAGGACGGCUUACAAACAGCAACAGGAGUGUCAAGACGAGCAGCCUGGUUUGUCCUCAGCAGACUUUGUGACGGGAUUAAAUCUGCUCUGAGAUCAGAUGAACAUGUUCAUCAACAAAAAUAAAACAGAAUUUAAAUGGUGAAA